UGUGUGGGGGAGGCGGGGGGAAUCGGAGGAUUACAAGGGGCCAGAUGUCCCAGUAGUUUGAUUCUGUAGCUCCACGUGUGAGCGCUGUGAACAGUGUGAAAUCGGUGCGUGCUGUAUACUAAAGCAGUAUGGAUUGACAGCUCUAGGAAUAGAGUAUAAAAGGCGAGCUGCUUAUAUUGCAGUAACAACUUACAAUGUCAGAAUGUUGCGCAUCCUCUCUGUGAAGAAAAGCUUUGGGCAAGUGCCGGUGGGACGGAGGGGAAGCUGAAGCGUCAGGGUCGCUGAUCUGCCAAAACUCUGCAGUGUUUGAUCUGUAAAUGGCACCAACUGGGGCUGUCGCUCUGCCUCUGAUGUUCCUGGGAGGGAGGCAACGAGAAGACAUGUGUGUGUGUGUGUGUGUGUGUGUGUGUAUGUGUGUGUGUGUGUGUAUGUGUGUAUUUGUGUGUGUGCACGAGAAAAAAUAAUGUCAGAUGGUUUUUACCACCACAUGGGGUGGGAAAGAGAAACCAAAGAGCGUAGCAUUUGUACUUACAAAAAACUGCUUUAACCAUUUACUCUUGAAGAAUUAAAUUGUAGCACUUUGAUGAACCUCCUUUGAAGACCAACCCUCGCCUAGUCCUGCACCCCCCCCCCCCAACCCCCCUCCCCUCCCAUCCUGUGAAUAGACUUUUUAAGAAACACUCCCUUCUGGACGUCAGAGGAGAAUUUGUGCAACAAAGCUGUUUUAGCCUUCCGGCUGCACGAGUGCUGCCGCUCCGUAAAAACUUCACGCCCUGCGAUGCCUCCAUGUUGUGCAUAAAGACGGAGCGGUCCAGAGAGUUGUAGUCCCUUCUAGUGAAAAUGCUCUCUGUUACUGCCUUUUAUUGCAGCUGCAUUUUAGAUACUGUACAACUGCAAGAGGAUGAAUGUUCCACUGAAAUUUUCAAUCGAAUGUGCUGCUCUCUUUCCCCAAAUCAGGAAUCAGGUUCCAUCUUUCUCCAGUUCAGCUCCUCUACUACCCUACAAUUAGAGGUCAUCUUUGAGGUGCUGGAGGAGUAUGACUGGACGUCUUUUUCCGUCGUGUCCACGCGUCACCAUGGCUACCAGGACUUCCUAUCUGUGGUGGAGGGCCUGACGGACGGCUCCUUCAUCGGCUGGGAGAAGAAGAGUGUGGUGAUCCUGAACGUGACCGAUGACCCCGGAGGGGCUCGCACGCGCAGGCUGCUGAAGGAGAACGAGGCGCAGGUACGUUUGCUGUACUGCUCCCAGGAGGAGGCUGAGCUGGUCUUUCAAGCCGCCUGGGCCGCCGGGCAGGCCGGAGCCUCGCACAUGUGGUUUGCCGUGGGGCCGGCUCUCUCAGGUCUGAGCAUGGACAGCCUGCCCAGGGCCGUGUUUGCCGUGCGGCCCCAGGGCUGGAGGGACGAACCUCGACGGAGGAUCGCUCGCGGGGUGUCUGUGCUGACUCAUGCGGCGGUGGCCAUGCGCAAGGAUUACGGAACCACGGGUGGGCCGAACUUUGUCACCAACUGCAUGACGGACGCCAAUCAGACCCAGAGACUGCGGGGCAGGAUGAGGUAUUUCAGCAACAUCACGCUUCGUGGUCGAGACUAUUCCUUCAAUAGUGAUGGAUACCUGUCCAACCCCUUCCUCGAUGUAAUCUCCUGGACACCUGGACGUGGAUGGGAAGAUGUAGGCUGGUGGGAGAACGGUGUGCUGAGACUCCGUUACCCAGCGUGGUCCCGCUAUGGGCCGUUCCUUAAACCACCUGACGAUGCCCAGCACCUGCGCGUUGUCACGCUGGAGGAAAGGCCAUUUGUCAUUGUGGAGUUGGCAGACGCCGCAUCUGGGACCUGCAUCCGGGACUCAGUGCCUUGCAGACGACCGCUUAAUGCCAGUGCCAUCCAUGAAGGUGUGGCUCCCAUGAAGCAGUGCUGCAAGGGCUUCUGCAUCGACAUCCUCAAGAGAUUGGCCAAGAUUGUCGGCUUCACCUAUGACCUUUACUUAGUGACCAACGGAAAACACGGGAAGAAAAUCGAUGGGGUUUGGAACGGCAUGAUUGGAGAGGUGGUAUACAAGCGGGCCGACAUGGCCAUUGGCUCGCUGACUAUCAAUGAGGAGAGGUCCGAGGUCGUGGAUUUCUCUGUCCCUUUUGUGGAGACGGGGAUAAGUGUCAUGGUCUCCCGUAGCAACGGAACUGUAUCACCCUCGGCCUUCUUAGAGCCCUACAGUCCGGCGGUGUGGGUGAUGAUGUUUGUCAUGUGCCUGACCGUAGUGGCUGUGACCGUCUUCAUCUUCGAGUUCUUCAGCCCCGUGGGCUACAACCGCAGUCUCCAGAACGGCAAGAAGGUCGGAGGGUCUACCUUCACAAUAGGAAAGUCUGUGUGGCUUUUGUGGGCCAUCGUCUUCAACAACUCCGUGCCAGUGGAGAACCCCAGAGGAACCACAAGCAAAAUUAUGGUGCUGAUCUGGGCCUUCUUUGCUGUCAUCUUUCUGGCCUCCUACACGGCUAACCUGGCUGCCUUCAUGAUCCAGGAGGAGUACAUUGACACGGUGUCUGGCCUCUCGGACAAGAAGUUUCAGCAUCCCGAGGAGCAGUACCCACCUCUGAAGUUUGGCACGGUGCCCAACGGGAGCACAGAAAAAAACAUCCGCUCCAACUACCCAGGCAUGCACCAGUACAUGGGCAAAUACAACCAGAGAGGAGUGGAGGACGCUAUACUUAACCUCAAGGAAGGGAAACUGGAUGCUUUUAUUUAUGAUGCUGCAGUAUUGAACUAUAUGGCCAGGAAGGACGAAGGUUGUAAGGUGAUGACCAUAGGCUCGGGGAAGGUUUUUGCCACCACAGGCUACGGUAUCGCCCUGCACAAAAACUCACGCUGGAAACGUCCUCUUGACCUGGCACUGCUGCAGCUGGUGGGAGAUGAUGAGAUUGAGAUGCUGGAGCGCCUUUGGCUAUCAGGUAUCUGCCAUAAUGACAAAAUUGAGGUGAUGAGCAGUAAACUGGAUAUUGACAACAUGGCUGGGGUCUUCUACAUGCUGCUGGUGGCUAUGGGCCUAAGUUUGCUGGUGUUUGCCUGGGAACACUUGGUGUACUGGAAGCUUCGCCACUGCAUGGCCACCAGCUCUGGCAAAUUAGACUUUCUCCUGGCAAUCAGCAGAGGCAUGUAUAGCUGCUGUAGCUUUGAGGAUGAAACGGCACCAGGUGGAGCUAAAUCUUUGCCCACUCAUCACCACACAGCGAUGGUUACAGUCCCGUCCCAACCGCACGUUGUCUCGACAUCUAUGACCAAUCCAGUCAUUGCCAUGGCGCAACAGCAGCAACCUCCGCAACAGCAGCAACCGCAGCCCGUCUACAAAACGCCUCUACCGGGCUCUCCUCCCACCGUGGUGCAUUCUGGAGCAGCACUGGGUCCCUCCAACACCCCCAUUGCUGGUGCACCCCUUCCUUGCUCCACCUUCCUGCCCCGGCCAGACCGCAGACUGGCAGUGGUGGAUCGCUGGAGGCUGCCCAAAUCUGCUACAGCCACCAACCCAAUGGCUGUAAGGGGGACAAUCACUGACAUGGGACCCUUUGCUCAGAAAGUCCCACCGAACUGGGCUUCAACAGCUGGAGGGGGUGGGGGACUUGAAGGCUAUAAAAGAUACUAUGGUCCCAUUGACCCUGAGGGACUGGGGCCCUGCAUGGAGCAGCAGGCAGGGUCCCAGACCCCCAAGACUAUGCCAAGGGGCCACCCCCAACCCCCUCCAGCCAGUGUGGCCUUCUAUUCAGAGAAGGGCAUGGACCACGGGGUGGGGAAGAGGGUGGUGGGAGGUGGCAGUGGAGGUCAGGGGAAAGGGGCCGGUAAACCUCUGGGCACUCCCAGAUUGCCGCCUAAGAGUCAGGCCCCUCUGCCUCCUACACCCCCGCUGCCACACCCCUCUCCCCCUCUCCCCUCAUCCUUCUGGAGGAAGCGUAGGCCCAAGAAGCCCAAAGAGCCUGGAGGGCCUCUGUAUGAGAACAUUCUGCCCCUGGGGCAGAGGGGAGGAGCACGAGAUGGAGUGAGGGAGGGAGGAGGGAGGAGGGCACGCCCCCUCUCUCCCCCGCUCUCACUUCCUGUGCCAGUACCCCUCAGCCCCUCUUACACCCCUCCUUCGCCCUCUGCAUCUUUGCACUAUACGUCCUCCACUUCUUCGUCAACCACCUCGUCCACAUCCACGUCCUCGUCUGCUUCAUCCUCGCGCUCCACCUCUCCCACCUACUCUUACAGCUCCUCUAGGAGCACACGGGACAGGACUGGAGGAAUAGAUGGAGAGGACGAUGAUGACGACGAGGAGCUGACGGAAGAGUCCAGCCUCCUCAUUGGUAGGGGGAGGGAGAGGGAACGCUCAAUUCUUCAGCCUCGUUCCCUCAGCCAUGGGCGCCUGCCGCCACCCAUACCCCCCAGGAAACCACGCUCAUCCUGGGGUGACAGAGAAAGGGAACGAGAGAGGGAGAGGGGGGGAAGCCAACUGUCUCAGCUCCAAGAAUGGUGGGCCAGCUGGAGUGAGCGAGAGAGGAGUGGAGUGGGUGGAGAUGCUGAGAGGCAAAAAAGGGAAAAGAAGAGGAGGAAAGAGAAGGAGAAAGAGAAGAAGAAGAAGAAAAAGAACAAAAAGAAGAAAAAGAGGGAGGAAAGGGAGAGAGAGCGAGAGAGGGAAAGAAAGCGGCGAAAGGUGAAAAAGAAAAAGAAAAAGGAGCUUAAGACAAAGAAAAGGAAGAAAUCUAUUGGGGGAAGACGCUCAGAGCCAGAAGAGGGAGAUGUAGAGCCAGAGAGGGAAGGGGAGGUAGAAGGAGACAGAGAAGGAGGAAUACAAGACUACUCGUUCUCUACGCAGUAUCGUAACACAUUUGGGGAGAAAGGACGGGAUUCAUGGGAAGGAGACAGGGAGAGAGGAAGGAGAGAAGGAGAUGAUGGCAAUGACAGGGAACAGGAGGACAGCAGCAGAAGCAGGGAGAGGCGUCCCAAAUCCUCCCGUUCCCAUUCUAGGCAUCUUAUCCCCAAUAAACGUUACCCUAACCUCAACAAACUCCCUGCAUCUGUGAAGUUUUGGGUGAAUGGAAGAGGUGAUGAUUCUAAUACUCCUCCAGCUUCCCUCCACCCACUCCUUCCGUCCUCCAAGCGGAGAAGAAGCAGCGGGAUGGACAGAGACGACAGUGGGAGAGUUGGCGAGCGGCGUCCUUUGUUAAUGCAUUAUGAAAAAGAUAAAGCACGGACAAGAGAAGGGCUUUCCUUCCCUGAGUGGGAAUCGGAGGAUGGCGACGAAGAUGAGGAUGAGCAACAGGAGGAAAGGCAGAGGGUGAGGGAGAGGGUGGGGGAGAGGGGGAAGAGAGCAGGUAGGGGGGCAGUGUCUGAGUCAGAGAGAGACAGGGCCAGGGCAGAGGACAGUUAUUCAGACGAUGGCUCGUCAGGGGAGUUUGGUCGUUUUGAAAGAUACUGGGAGGGAGGUGCGAGGGGAAGCAGCGCGGGGAUCGGGGGCAUAGGGGGAGGAGGCUGGUUCUUUGGCACCUACCCCUCCCGAGAAAAAGGGGGCAGUAUCAACAGUCGGGAUGAUUCCUUACUGGGAACGCGGGCGGAGGGAUGGAUUGGUGCUGAUUUUUGGGGGCCAGGGACAGGAGUAGGUUGGGGCUCAGGGGGAGGGAGUGGAGGGCUCGGCUCACAGUGGCCGCCACCCCCCCCGGCCUUCCCUCCUCCUAGGAGGUACUGGUCGAUGGACAAGAUCCCUGUGAAGGGUGAGAAAAAGUGGAAGAGUGGAGGAGGGAAGAGCAAGGGACGAGCUAGAAACAGUAGGGGAGAAGCAGGACAGGCCACCAUGUGUUCCUGCAGCCUUUAUCCUCAACCGCAUCCUUACCCACAUCCCGCCAGCCACUCGCACUCCUCCCACUCCAAGAGAGGAGCCACUUCCCAUAGCCAGGAAGAGCUUAUCCCCCACUGCCACAGCUUCAGCGGCGGCUCUCGCCCCAAGCCUCUGCCCCCGAAACCGGAUUCCAGUCAGGCCAAAUCAGGCAGCCAAUCUAACCUCAGCCUCAGCACACAGCCCACAGACCAUCCGCCUCAGCCCUCGCCGUCGCCACCGCAGCCGUCCAUGUCUCCCACCUCCCUACCGAUGCCCAUCCCGCCUCCCCCCUCCUCGGCCUCUGUUUCACCACCAGCAGGGGCAGGGAUGGUCGGCCAGGGCCAGGCACAGGCUUCGGCCAGUGCCAAACUCCAGUAUCAGAGACUGCGCUCGGGGCCACAGCCAACGAGGUUCUACUCCCCGCACCUGCCACUCAAAGCCAAGAGCCUGUGCUCUCGCCGAGGGUCGGCCCACUUCUCCAGCCUGGAGAGCGAGGUAUGACAGGGGGAGAGGAGAGAGGGAGACGUGGGAGCAAGCACCACUGCUAUUGAGAACCGUACCGCCAUGGCAGCUGCAGCCAGGGAUGACACCAGAGGUAUGGCUGCCUUGGUAAACAUAGGUAAUCAAUUAGCGACCAUUACUGCGGCAACUGGUGGGGACGGUAGUUGUGCUGCUAGCGAGAGCAACUCCACCGCCACCCGCUCCAUCGUAAGCGUGCUCGUGAGGGCGACGGUGAGACGGCACACCAGGGUGAGCUACAUCCGUUUGGAUGGUUCCCACGACGACGAGAGUGAAGGCGAUGCUGCAUCACGGGGGGCGGAAGCUCCCGAACUUAUUCUCCGCUCAGAACUGAGCUUUGUGAUGUCAUCUUCGGUUCUCCUCCCCUCCCCGAGUCACAACUAUGGAUAAGAGUAGUCUCCAGCUUGUGAGUAAUGAUGUCAUGUUUGUACACACAAACACACACACACACACAUGCACAAACCCACACACACACACACAUGCCCUCGUACACACUCGCAGAUAUAUAUGCUCGAAACGUCUCCCUCCCUCUGGCUUUGAGAACACACCUCGGUGGGACGUGGACAGACCCACCCUCUCCCAAAAGAUGCCAGUGUUUAGUCAGUAGACUCUGGCUGCCUGUCCUCAUUGGCUGUUGGCUUUUGAACUGGAUUGUUGGACUGCGUCUUGGUCUUGGAGAUACUUCCCCCACUUCUUCCCUUUUGUAAAUCAGUUGAUAUGAAAAGCAAUGCAGUCAGCUCUCUCAUGCACUCUGCCUGCCUGAUCACCUUUCACUGGGCAGUGAGGACAGUGCUAACUAUUAGCCCUUCGACCUCCUUUGACACCGUCAGACCCACCUAGCUCUACCCCAGGACCAUCUGCGUGAUGUCAUGUUUUACUAAAAAACCCUUUUCACCAAACAGAUUGAACAGGAACCUCCUUGCCCUUCUACCUGUUGGAGCUUCUCAUGUCUCUGUUCCAACGAGAGCUCGAACACAGCUGAGAUUCAAAAUAUUUGAACAACAAACUGAACUUUAAAAAGAGAAAUAACAAUAACAACAAAAAAAAGACAUGUAGCAGAUUUAUUUUUUGUCUGUCUAUUAUUUUCUUUCAUACUGAGACUUUUGUCCCCAUGCCCUCUUUUUUAUUCUAUCAAUAUAUGUCUCUCAUUGUGUUAGUGUCUUAAUAAAGAGGAGGCUGGAUGUGGCUUGUGUUGGAAGUGGGAAAGAUUUAAGAGCGGUGCCAAAUUUCCACUAAACAGCUUUAAGAUUGGUUUCCAAGUAAUUUGUUUUCAUAGAUUGCAGCGUCUCUUCUUUUCACAUGUAAACAGUGCAUAAUUCCCCAUCAUGUUAAUGAAUUAAGGGGAUGAAUGGUGCAAUAUCUGCAAUUGGCACUAGAUGGCUGCAUAAUAUUCAAGUGCGCUUUGGAGACAAUUGUGCAAGAGGCUCGUGGUAAGUUUCAUAAUUAUAGCUACAUUAUACAGAGCAAACGUUUUGCAGCUAUGAAUUUUAUUAUUUUUAUAAAAGUGGCCCGUCAGGAUUAAUUCAGAGUAAUUAUUAAAACCAAGUGCAGUGCAAUGUAAAAGCUCUUAGGAUAUUAUUGUAUUUCACUUCUAUAUUGUACCUUGGCAGAGUUUGUAGAUGAUGGAUUAUAUGAAGCACAACAUUCAUUGUAUUUUACAAAGAUCCGUACCACAGUUGUAACCGCACAAUUUACAGGUAGUAUAACUUGCCAAUGUGUGGAAAACUAUUCACUUGAUGUUAACUCAUGUUGUUGUUAUGGACAAUAAAAUUCACUGUUUCUAAGGCUCAAAUCACAAAGUCCCACAGAUGAGUGAGGUAAUGAUCUUGUGCUUUGACUAUUUCCUUUUGGCAAAUAAGACUGAACAAUAUACUGUGAAUGUUUAACGUUCCAAUUUGAGGUGCAUAUACAAGCUGAGACUUGACUGAAUGCAGUCAGUAAUAAGUCCCGUAAUCGAGAUCAUCAGAUGACUGUUUCACUUUGAGCAAUAUUCCCACCUUCAAUGUGACAGCGAUGCAAUGGCAUCUGAAACAUUCUAAUUGUUUAUCCUCUAGAACAUUUGUUUCAAGAGUCAGAUGCUCACAUCUUCACUGAUUUUUCUUUUGGGUGGAUUGUUAAAUCCAAUUUGGUCAGAUGUAAUUGAAAUAAAUGAGUUAAAGUCCACAGCACCUGGCUCUGGCUGACCAAUAGGAAUACAAAACGCUAUGUGUUCAAGGGACAGUAGUGAACUGUGGCGUUGGGCCUUCUGGGAGCUUUGCCAAAAGCCAUCUACUGUUGUGCCAAAAUUGUUCCAAUGUUGCCAACAUUGCGACGCACACACUACAUUUUCCACAUAUCCACCUCCUUUCUCACACUAAGACCAGCCACAGCCAAGCUCUUCUUCUAUUGUAGUUGAAUGUAGCUUUGACAUGAUGUAGCAAAAAAACACCUACUUUAAGUCUUUGUAGCUUUUUGGAUGCUGUUGAUAAUGGCUCGGAGGAGGGGGGGUUGGGGGAGGUGGUGUUGACCUGCUAUGUGAGGGACUGUACGUUGUGUUUGUGCAUGUCGUCACAGAUCGAAAGGUUAGUCGACCUUCUCAAUUCCCCUUAUUCUCCUUUGCCUUUCAAUGGCGGCAGGCUGUACCUUUGAUCUGCACAUGGAUUGCUUUUUUUUUCUAAGUCUGCGUGGGGCAAUAUUUUUUAAACCACAUCUAAAAUCUGAAGAAAUGAAAUUUUGAGAAAUGUUUUUGCUGUUUUCCAUCCUUUGGAAAAGCAGAAUCAUUGCAAUGUUUAGCUGAAUGAAAUCAAAGAGAUUUCCGGUGUUGGUGGGGGGGUGGAGGGGGGGGUUAGUUGUUCAAUUGUAACAAAGGCUGAGGACCCAGGUAGUAAGCUCGCUCUACUCCCAACAGUGGAAACCACCGCACCAGUUUGACUGGUUCCUGUGUAUUAAAGCACAGUCAUUUUCAACCAAUCAACAGGGCUUAAACCUGGUAUGUCAUUGAGCAUUAUUGAUUUCUAUUGAGGCGCUAAUACUUAAGUCUGUGACUGCAUGAACAGAAGUGACUCUUAAAAACCCUCUGGCUUAUUUUUGUUUUGUUUAUUUUUCUUUUAUGCUAAGAAAAAAUAAUAUAUUAAAAUAUACUAUGUUUUUGAGAAUGUACCAUGUUAUACUGUGAUUUAACUGAGAUAUUUUAUGUAUUCAAUUAUCAUUUGAAUUAUAUCAUUUAUCUAUAAAGAAAUAUAUAUGUACAAAUAAAUAUAUACAUAUAUAUACAUACAGGUGUAUAUAUAUAUAUUAAGUUUGGUAUAUUUGGAGGAAGUGUUAGAUGAAAUAGUUUUAAAUGUUUUAGCUUUGUAGCGAUUCUAGACACUGAAAUCAUUUUUGAAUUUCGACUCCUCCUAUAUGACUGUGAAGACAUUAGUGCCUGUGACAAAAAAGACAAGUAAAAGUCUAAACUCUCUCUUCAUCUGUAUCUACUAUAGCUAUCAGUCUUUCACUCCUCUCGUACUACCUAACAUUACUUUUGACACUCGCUGCUUUUACCCAUCGGCAUGUUUCUCUCACACAGUUUGCUGCCUCUUUUGCGUUCUCCUUUGUUGCUCGUUCUGGUUUUCAUCAACAAGCGUUCUCCACCUUAAAGUUUGGUGAUCAUAAGGUGAUCACACCACUUUGUUAAUUAACCCACCCAUUGACCUUUUGCUUUUUUCUUUGAUCGUUUUCUUUUUCAUCAGCUCAUUCUUCUGUCUGUCUCUCACUUAGCAAAAAACAGAGACCAGUAGAUACUGUGUUCUUGCUCCUUUUGACUGAUUGUUGAUGAUGAUGAUCAAUUCAUUGAUUGAUGAAAUAAUUAUUGAACAAUGUUACUAUUACUUAUGUGACUGAAUUGUGUAUCUGACGACCAUGCCACUGUAGCAAGUCUGGGCUGUACCACACCACCAGCGAGCAAAUGAGGCCACAGUUGCUAUGGUGUUGCCAUGGCAUUUUCAUGGCGUUGCCAUGGUGUCCUCCGCACCGCCUCCACCUGGUGCCUGCUGGGUAAUAUAGCAUAAUGUCCUUCACUUUCUCCAAAGCACUGGUCAAAAUCUGCUUAUGCUCCUCCCAGCUCAGUCCCGACCUUAACCAGUGCAAGGUGAAAUACUCUAAAGCUCCCGUCGGAAGAAUGCUGAGGGGCAGAAUGGUGGUGAGCGGUCUGCUGUCCAUGCUGAUCUAGACUGGACUGGUUUGGCUUGAAGUGGCAACGGUAUCGUGUUGAUCACCUAAUCUGUAAAUCGUGGGUUUAUGCUGCCCUGCAUGUAAUCCCAGAAGCUCUGGAUCACUGAUAGCCUCAAACAAGUCAGGACACAACUGCGUCUCUGCCUGUGUAUUUCUAGUAUUUAAAGUCUUGAGAGGAUACAUGCCAUUUACUGCAUUUGUAUUGCAUGAGCACUAGUCAUUUGAAAAAACCCACUGCAGCAUGGUUCUGUAAUACUCUCCUUCACUCCCCCUCUGCUUUUUUCCCCCUCUACUGCUAUUUCUGAAAGACUCAUACGCUCACACUUUGCUGUGCAUGCAUAUUUAACACACAAUGCGUACAUCACUCAGCCAAUGAUCCUCAUCUUCCUCUAGCACUCACUAAGCUGCAAUCUAAAGCUACUCCUCAAGUAGUCCGAUCAUCCCUCACAGGCACACGUGCGACACAAUGCACGUCCGGCCACACACACCAAAACUGCUCUAAAUUAAUUUGUGUAAAAUAACACUUUGUUAGUGGAGGAAGUUAAGUACAUUCACUGCUCUGCCUGUUUUGAGCUAUCUGUUUCUAGAGUUUGUGAUAUAGUCUUGCACUCUUGCUUCUCACUGUCCUGCCUGUUCUGAUCCAUCAAUCCCCGUUUGGAGUGGUCAGGUUCAAUUUGUUUUUCUUUGCUGACUUGCUCCUCUUUUUGAUUUACCUCGUUGUCCCUAUCUGCCUUGAUUUAUCACAUUUACUGUCUGGUUGAAUUGUAUGUACUGAACAGUCCAGUCCAGCCUAGCACAGCGUGCUCCAGGCCAGUCCAGUUUCUGAGUUGUAAGCGAUCCCGGGCGCAGCCUCAAGCUCAUCCCCUCUUUCUACUGGCCCAGUCACCUGGGAAGCAACACGUGUGGCGCUCCGGAAUUCAAACAGGGUCUUCAUUGGCGCAAGCGGCCGUGAAUUAUAUCAAGGAAACACAGGAGUGCCACACGUUACACUCACCAGGUCCAGGGUCUGCAUGUUGCACCAUGCCAGGCUUAACCUACCACAGUGACAGGGCACAUAUACCCACAGAAACCAGUGUGUGUGUGUGUGUUUCCAGCAUUGUGCAAGGCCCACUUCUGCUCUAGUAACCUCGCCAGCACUGUAGGCCUACUUAUGGGUUGCUAAGGCGGGUUGCUAGUGGGGUGAUGUUGCUCCUAGCCCAGACUGGUCUGGUCUGCGCCCUAAUUUUAAAUGUGUUAGUUUAUUUGACAUUGUCUGUCUGGGGUGGGGCUGGAGGGUCAGUGCUGCACUUACUUCCUGAGAAUUGCUUCAUAAAAUAUGAUUCUCUUUAAUUAA